CAGUAUCCUUAUUAGGAGAGGAUUACAGUUCAAACUCACAUCUCCACUACUAGGAACCAGGAUGGACUGCUCAGUCUCCUACAGCGACUUGAAGGAACUCGUGGAAAAGAGCCAGGAUCUAGUUUUGAUUGACGUACGAACUGAAGGAGAGGUGGCAAGAGGAAGCAUUCCUAGGUCCAUUAACAUUCCACUUCAUUUGAUAGGGACCGCUCUGCAAAUGACCCCUGAGGAGUUCAAGGCCAAGUAUGGGAGGCUUAAACCUGCAACAGAUGCACCUGAGCUGGUGUUUCACUGUCAGUCAGGCCGGAGAGGCGAAUCAGCCGUGGACAUAGCCCAUAAACUAGGAUACGAGAAAGCACGUAAUUAUCCUGGUGGAUACAGUGAGUGGUGUAUGAAAGAAAGGAUCCUGUCUCAUAAAGCAUUUUGAACAUACACAUGCAACAGUGAAUUUUUUUUUAUUUAGUUGGUUUGCAUACAUUGUAUUGAAUACUGAU